CGGCCCGCGAGUGCCCCCGGUGGGCGCAGAGCUCAGGCGCCCGCAGCCGGGUGCUCGGGCCCCUGGCCCUCGGGCUCGGCGGCCUGCUCCUCCGGCUCCCUCCCGGCCCCUGCCACGCCAAGCGCUGUGUCCCUGCGCGGCUGGCCAGCCCUGCGUCCCCACCUCACUCCCCGAUGGGAGCCGCCCCCCGCAGCCUGCAGAAAGCCCCACCAGUGGAAGCCCACCUCCUCUGCCCCGCGCUCGCCCUGCGCCCGACUCUCCAGCCUAUCCGCUGUCCUAGAUCCUGUGCCUCCUCCCCCUACAGCACUGAGUGGCCGAGGGCGAGGACCCCCUGUGUAUUCGCCUAGGUGUUGGGCACCCAGUACACGCAGCGAAGCCCCCUCAAGGUUUGCGGCACAUGAACCGAUUCACUAACGAACCAAACUACCCGCUUGGGCCCUUCCCCGUGUUCUCUCAGUGUGCUUGCUGUGCAUCUUCCUUGGAUGUGAAGUUUUGCACAGUCGUUCUUCCUAUAUGACUGCCUGGGAAUUUGUUCCUCCCAGAGAAAUAACAUGGCAGCAAAUUUACAGUUCCUACUUUUUACCAGCGACUCACCAGGACAAUGGGCCUCACUGGGCCGCUAGGCAAAUUGGGAUCAGGGACCAGCAGGGCUGCACGCUGCGGCCCUAACCAGAUCCAGGCACGAGGCCGCGCCCUGAAGAGUGAGCCUCUGUCUACCGCGUCGACUCUGAAGUGCUGAGCGUUGAACCCAAGGGCUUAUGCAUGCCAGGAAGGAGCGGUGUUCUCCCCAGACCAUCUGCUCUGGACAGGUGGGCGAAGCUGUCCAGGAAAAUGGAACGACUCGCGUGCGUGCUCCUCUGGUUAUUUCUCCUGGAAGCACCCGCCUUCGAGAUCCCCACAAAUGGACUUUCUGAAUUUGCAGAAUACGGAAAUCUUGUGGAAUUGGCCCCAGGCAAAUUUCAAUUUGUCCCUGACAACCGGAGGUAUCAGAGAAGCCUUUCUGAAGAAGAAUCAGGUGAAAGAAUGGAGGAUGUUGAUCAAGUAACUCUUUAUAGCUAUAAAGUCCAGUCCACAAUUACUUCUCGGGUAGCCAACACCAUCAUCCAGAGCAAACUGGUGAACAACUCCCCACGGCCUCAAGAUGUGGUGUUUGAUGUCCAAAUUCCGAAAGGAGCCUUCAUCUCCAAUUUCUCCAUGACCGUAGAUGGCACAACAUUUACUAGUACCAUUAAGGACAAAACUAUGGGCCGAGCUCUCUACUUACAAGCAAGAGCAAAAGGCAAGACGGCUGGAUUGGUGAGGAGCAGAGCCCUUGACAUGGAGAACUUCAAAACCGAGGUUAACAUCCGUCCCAGAGCGAAGGUGCAGUUCGAGCUUCACUACCAGGAAGUGAAGUGGAGGAAGCUGGGAUCGUAUGAGCACAGGCUUCACCUGCAGCCUGGACGGCUGGCCAAACACCUGGAGGUGGACGUGUGGAUAGUGGAACCCCAGGGAAUGAGAUUUCUUCAUGUUCCUGACACGUUUGAAGGCCAUUUUGAAGGUGUUCCUGUGAUAUCUAAAGGACCCCAGAAGGCACAUGUCUCCUUCCGGCCCACAGUAGCACAGCAAAGAAAAUGUUCCAACUGCUCUGAGACUGCAGUGGACGGAGAGCUGGUGGUGAUGUAUGACGUGAACAGAGAAGUGAAGGCUGGUGAGCUUGAGGUAUUCAACGGAUAUUUUGUCCACUUCUUUGCUCCUGAGAACUUGGACCCCAUUCCUAAAAAUAUCCUUUUUGUCAUUGACGUUAGCGGCUCCAUGUGGGGAAUUAAGAUGAAACAAACUGUAGAAGCAAUGAAGACCAUAUUGGAUGACCUAAGAGCAGAAGACCAAUUCUCUGUGGUUGACUUCAACCACAAUGUUCGAACCUGGAGAAAUGAUUUAGUCUCUGCUACUAAAACUCAGAUUGCAGAUGCCAAGAGAUACAUAGAGAAAAUCCAGCCCAGUGGAGGCACAAAUAUCAAUGAAGCACUCCUGCGGGCCAUCUUUAUUUUGAACGAAGCCAAUAACUUAGGGUUGUUGGACCCCAACUCAGUCUCUCUGAUCAUUCUGGUUUCUGAUGGAGAUCCAACAGUAGGUGAAUUAAAAGUAUCAAAAAUUCAGAAGAACGUGAAGCAGAAUAUACAAGACAAUAUCUCCUUGUUCAGUCUGGGGAUAGGAUUUGAUGUUGACUAUGAUUUUCUGAAGAGGCUAUCUAACGACAACCGUGGAAUUGCUCAGAGAAUUUAUGGAAACCAGGAUACAUCCUCCCAGCUCAAGAAGUUCUACAACCAAGUGUCUACUCCCCUGCUGCGGAACGUUCAGUUCAGCUAUCCGCACCCCGCAGUCACAGAUGUCACUCAGAACAGUUUCCCCAACUAUUUUGGAGGCUCGGAGAUCGUGGUGGCAGGGAAGUUCGACCCGGAUAAACUACAGCAGAUACAGAGCGUUAUCACCGCAACUUCGGCCAGCACAGAUUUGGUCUUGGAAACCCUGGCCCAGAUGGAUGACUUGGAGGAUUUUCUAUCAAAAGACAAGCAUGCGGAUCCCAACUUCACCAAGAAACUGUGGGCCUAUCUAACAAUCAACCAGCUGCUGGCCGAGCGGAGCCUGGCCCCUACUGCGGCCUCCAAGAGGAAAAUCACAAAAACAAUCCUGCAGAUGUCCCUGGAGCAUCACAUCGUGACCCCGUUCACCUCCAUGCUCAUUGAGAACGCCGCUGGGGACGAGCGCAUGCUGGCCGACGCCCCUCCGCAGGACGUCUCGUGCUGCUCAGGUGCCCUCUACUACGGCAGCAAAGUAGCCCCGGGUUCCAUCCCAUCGUGGGCCAGCCCCUCCCAGUCGUCGCCCACCGCGCUGUCCCUGGUAAGGGGGCCACCCCUGGAGGCCACGCCCCCUCCCCACGUGAUCAGAGUUGAAAAUGACCCACAUUUCAUCAUUUACCUACCAAGAAGCCAGGAGAAUAUUUGUUUCAAUAUUGACUCAGAACCUGGAAAAAUCCUCAACCUGGUUUCUGAUCCAGAAUCAGGAAUUUUAGUCAAUGGUCAGCUUAUUGGCGCCAAGAAGCUCCAAGACGGAAAACUAAGCACCUAUUUUGGAAAACUGGGCUUUUAUUUCCAAAGCGAAGACAUGAAGAUAGAAGUCAGCACCAAGAACGUCACCCUACACCACGGUUCUCGUACAUCCAUCUUGUCCUGGUCGGAUACGGCUCGCCUGGUGAAGUCGAGGGUGCUCAUCUCCGUGAAGAAAGAAAAAGCUGUGACUCUCACCCUGGACAAAGACAUGUCCUUUUCCAUUCUGCUGCAUCGCGUCUGGAAGAAGCAUCCAGUCAACGUAGACUUUCUGGGGAUCUACAUCCCUGCCACAAACAAGUUCUCGCCCAAGGCACACGGACUAAUAGGACAGUUCAUGCACGAGCCAAAGAUACACAUCUCCAAUGAGAGACCAGGAAAGGACCCCAAGAAGCCAGAGGCAAUCAUGGAAGUGAAAGGACAGAAGCUGAUUGUCACCAGAGGCUUACAGAAAGACUACAGAACGGACAUUGUGUUUGGAACAGAUGUUCCCUGUUGGUUUGUGCACAACAGUGGAAAAGGUUUCAUCGACGGAUAUUACAAGGAUUACUUCGUGCCUCAACUCUACAGCUUCCUGAAACGACCGUAAAGGUUUACAGUUUUGGAAAUUCCCUGUAUAAAUACAGACUUUUUUCCUCUGUCA